AUGCGGCUUGGGCUGUGUGUGGUGGCCCUGUUUCUGAGCUGGAUGCAUCUCGCUGCCGGCAGCCGGGGGAUCAAGGGGAAGAGGCAGAGGCGGAUCAGUGCCGAGGGGAGCCAGGCCUGUGCCAAAGGUUGUGAGCUCUGCUCGGAAGUCAACGGCUGCCUCAAGUGCUCGCCCAAGCUGUUCAUCCUGCUGGAGAGGAACGACAUCCAUGUAGCCAGAGUGCAGAUUGAGCACUCAGAAUACUUCAGCCAACUUCUGCACCAGGGUGGAGAGAACAUAUAUACCUGCCUGCAAGGGCCGCUGCCUCAGCAUGUCGAGGGGCUCGUGACUGCACACCAACAGGUGCUGACAGUCCUGGUGGUGUGCUGGGAGCGGGCAGGUGCUCCCGAAAGAGAAGGCUGUGCGGCUUCAGGAGGGGCUCUGAGGAGGCGGUUGGAGGGUGCUCCGCCCCCAGAGACCAGCUGCCUGCUCGAGCACACCAAGGCGCAGGUGCGUCGCGGAGUUUCGCUCCUGAGGGGCCAGAUGGGGAACCCCAACUCUGGGUGCCGGGUCGACGAGCAGUCCCCACAGGACUGUGGUGGGAGCUGGGACCUUCGAUCAUCCCAUCCUCCAGUUUCCCCUACCGGGGUGAAGUUUGGCACGGGAGGAGGGGAAGCCCUUGGAGGGCAGAAGAGGAGGAAAGGUGGCCAGGGCCGGCGGGAGAACGCCAACAGGAACCUGAGCAGGAAGGAGAGCAAGGAGGCGGGCGCCGGCUCCCGGAGACACAAGGGCCAGCAGCAGCCGCAGCACCAGGGGACAGCGGGGCCGGUCACGCCUGCAGGGCUCACCUAG